AUGCAGCCGAGUACGAGCCUCGACUUCCAGAACGCGGUGGUUCUGGCGCCCAUGGUGAGGGCGAGCACGUUGCCGCUCAGAAUGCUGGCGUUGGACUAUGGUGCAGACUUCGUGUGGACAGAAGAAAUCGUUGCAAGGAAGAUCGCCUUGUGCAGCAGAUUCUUGAAUGAACGUCUGGGAACCGUUGAGUUCUACUCUCCCGACGCUCCUCACUUCCGCGUCUUCCAGACUUGCGAGGCAGAGAGAGAGAAGGUCAUCUUUCAGAUCGGGACGAAUUCAGCGCGUGAGGCACUUGAAGCUGCCAUGGUCGUCGUGAACGACGUUGCCGCAAUCGACUUGAACAUGGGCUGUCCCAAGCACUUCUCUGUAACAGGAGGGAUGGGAGCGGCUCUCUUGUCCAAACCUGAGACUGCCGCCGAUAUCAUCAAGACGUUGAAGAGGAACAUCAACCUGCCUGUGACGGCCAAGAUCCGACUCCUUAAGACGCGCUCAGAGACAGCAGAAUUGAUGAAACGACUCGAGAGUGCCGGAGUUGACGCAAUCACCGUCCACUGUCGAUAUGUCGCUACGAGACCGCACGAAAGGGCUCUGUGGGAGGAGCUUGAGCACUGCGUUAGUGCUGUCUCUGUGCCUGUGAUUGGAAACGGAGACGUGCUGACGAGGAGCGACGGAUUGAAGCUGAUGGAGAAGUCGCGUUGUGCUGGCGUCAUGAUUGCAAGAGGAGUAAGGAAUUCAUGA